AUGAUUUCAAAUUUGCCGAAUGAAAUAAUUUUAAAAAUAUUUAAAGAGAUUCGUUAUGAAACAAAUAGCUUUAGAUAUUUAUGGAAAAUUAGAACAACUUGUAAACGUUGGCAUGAACUUAUUCCAGUUGCAGUAAAAGAUUUAGUUUUUGAGAGAUUUAAUUCAGAUGUAAAUAUUGAAGUUAGAUUGGAAUUUUCACAAAAAUCCAUAUACUUUCUAUCAAAAUUAGAAAAUUUUUCGGAUAAAUGUAUAUUUAUUCUUCAACGAUCCGAAAAACCUUUACCCGCUUCAGAACAAGAUUUAACGAAUAAUUCUCUACAUGCCGUAACUAAUACUUCAUUAGAUAUUUCAGAUACUAAUACUUCAAAUAUUAUUUAUCUUAAUAACGGUAGUCCAACUACAAAUUCAAACAUUUUUAUGGAUAGUACAUUAUUAGAGAAUAAUACAAUCCCGGUAGCAAGAUAUGGAGAAACUUGUUGUGCCGUUCAUAUAGAAAUGUGUGCAGAAAUAAAUGGUAGUUUACCUUAUGGAUGGCGUACAAAAGGAUAUUUUCCAACAAUAUUAUUACCAAAUGAAAAUUUUAGAUUUAUCAAAGAAACAAAAUUCAGUAUGGGCGUAGUUAUACAAUAUAGAUUAUUUCCAUGUUUUAAUGAAUUAGUGGAAGAUGUAUUUCAAUUACCAAGAUUAGAUCAUAUUAAUCAUAAUAGAAAUACAUGA